CACGAGGUUCCUUGCUUAUUAGGUUCUUGCAAGUUCGUUUCCAUAUCUUUGGUCUCUUUCACAUUCACCCAACUCUCAUCAAUCCUCAACCACUUCUUUUUCUUCAUUAUCAUCAUCAUCUUCUUGUUCUUGGAUUGUGAAAAAUGGAUCAUAGAAGCGGAGGAGGAGGAAUGGAUAUACCCAUAAUGCAUGAGAGUGAUCGCUAUGAGUUAGUUAGAGAUAUUGGUUCUGGAAACUUCGGAGUCGCCAGGCUCAUGAGGGAUAAGCACACCGACCAACUUGUUGCCGUUAAGUAUAUUGAGAGGGGUGAAAAGAUCGAUGAAAAUGUACAGAGGGAAAUUAUAAAUCACAGAUCACUAAGGCAUCCCAAUAUUGUGAGGUUCAAGGAGGUUAUACUGACCCCAACACAUUUGGCUAUUGUCAUGGAAUAUGCCUCGGGAGGAGAGCUAUUUGAACGAAUAUGCAAUGCAGGGCGCUUUAGUGAGGACGAGGCACGUUUCUUCUUCCAACAACUUAUAUCUGGGGUUAGCUACUGUCAUGCAAUGCAAGUUUGUCAUCGUGAUUUGAAGUUGGAAAAUACAUUGUUGGAUGGUAGUCCAGCUCCUCGCUUGAAGAUUUGUGAUUUUGGUUAUUCAAAGUCUUCAGUGCUACAUUCACAACCAAAAUCUACAGUUGGCACCCCUGCAUACAUUGCUCCUGAAGUUUUGCUUAAGAAGGAAUAUGAUGGCAAGAUUGCAGAUGUGUGGUCUUGUGGGGUAACCUUAUAUGUGAUGUUGGUUGGUGCUUAUCCAUUUGAGGAUCCAGAGGAACCUAAAAAUUUCCGCAAAACAAUACAUAGGAUUUUGAAUGUCCAAUACUCAAUUCCUGACUAUGUUCAUAUAUCUCCUGAGUGCCGCCAUUUGAUCUCAAGGAUUUUUGUUGCUGAUCCUGCACAGAGAAUAAGUAUACCGGAGAUCAAAAACCAUGAAUGGUUCUUGAAGAAUCUACCAGCUGAUCUCAUGGAUGGGGACACAAUGAGCAACCAGUAUGAGGAGCCUGAUCAACCGACACAAAGCAUUGAAGAGAUCAUGCAGAUAAUAUCCGAGGCCAUGAUUCCUCCGGCCGGAAGCCAGUCCCUCAACCAGUACCUCACCGGAAGCUUGGACAUCGACGAUGACAUGGAUGAGGAUCUAGACAGUGAUCCUGACCUUGACCUUGAUAGCAGUGGAGAAAUUGUCUAUGCUAUGUAAUGUAGUAACAUUGCUGGAACACUAUAAUUUGGUUUCUGGGGUCUGCAAUUUGAAUGUUAUUAUCAUUAUUAUUAUUAUUAUUA